CCCCCUUCGCGAGCCGAAGGAGAAGGGAGGGGUACGCUCCUGGAGGGAAGCAGCGUCCGACGCCAUCUUAGAAUCGCCGCUCCUCCUGCUCGUCGCGGCCGCGUCUGAGGAAGGGAGGCGAAGCGCUUCGGACCUGGGAAAAAAACAACACCCCGCCGGGGGUCUAGCGGCCAAAGGGGAGGGGGAGGCGGUGUGCUUGGUGGUUCGUUGCCUUGAGUUGGGGGCCAGGCAGGCCUCGAAGGGAGAGAGCGGAAGCCAGGACAAACUGCGGGAGUGAGGAAGGCCAGGCUGUGACCAACUCAUUUGCCUGCUAGAUCGGCUUCUCCACCAGCUGUUCCUGCGCCUCGGGGUGGUGGGGAGCCCACCCAUUUGGGCCAGCCAUGGAUCCGGCGUUCCCCAAUCCAUCCCGGGAUCCUACCCAAGAAGAUGGCAUGGCCUCCGACGACUUCGACAUCGUGAUAGAAGCUAUGCUGGAGGCCCCAUACAAGAAAGAGGAGGCCCAGCCAGGACCCUCAAAGCCACCAACUGAUCCCCCCACAGCCCAGCCGUCGCCGGAGGAACAAGGAAAAGAAGCAAAGAAGGACAGCGCCCCCAGCAGCAGCAAUGGGGAGAGCAGCAGCAAAAAGAAGAGGAGUCGUAGCAGGAGCCGUGACCACAGACACAGCCGUAGCCGGGACCGAGACCGUCAUCGUAGACGAAGCCGGAGCCGGGAUCGCCGCAGCCGUCAUCGGAGCAGAAGCCGCCAUCGGAGCCGCAGUCGAGAUCGUAAUAGGCGAGCCAGCCGAUCUCGGAGCCGAGAGCGCCGGCGGGAGGAAAGAGUCCGUUACCGCACCCCACCACCCCCAGGGCGACGGUUUGGUCACAGCAAAAGUCCCCUGUUCAGAGAGAAGAGUCCCCUCCGGGAGCCCCUGGGCAGCUUGAGCCCCGAAGAACGUGACGCCCGCACGGUCUUCUGCAUGCAGCUAGCUGCCCGUAUCCGCCCUCGAGACCUUGAAGAUUUCUUCUCGGCUGUUGGCAAGGUGCGUGACGUACGGAUCAUCUCCGACCGAAAUUCCCGGCGCUCGAAGGGCAUCGCUUAUGUCGAGUUUUGUGAGAUACAGUCGGUGCCGCUGGCCAUCGGGCUGACAGGACAGCGCCUCCUGGGCGUACCAAUUAUCGUUCAGGCUUCCCAGGCGGAGAAGAACAGGCUGGCUGCCAUGGCGAACAACCUUCAGAAAGGCAGCGGGGGCCCCAUGAGGCUCUACGUCGGUUCCCUUCACUGCAACAUCACCAAAGAGAUGUUGCGCGGGAUCUUCGAGCCGUUUGGCAAGAUUGACAGCAUCGUCCUCAUGCGGGACCAGGAUACCGGACAGUCCAAAGGCUACGGCUUCAUUACCUUCGCAGAAGCCGAAUGUGCCCGCCGUGCCCUGGAGCAGCUGAACGGUUUCGAGCUAGCCGGCCGGCCCAUGCGGGUGGGACAGGUCACCGAACGGCUGGACGGCACCACCGACAUCACUUUUCCCGACGGGGCUGAUGAACCCGACCGGUCAGCUCUGAGCUUGGGGACCACCGGCUCCCAGCUGCAGCUGAUGGCGAAGCUGGCCGAAGGUGAGAAAUUUGGAAGUGGGGAAUGGAUUCUGUUAUACGUUUGGAAAGGCACAGGAGGAAGGGAAUAAUUCCUUUCGGGAUCA